UUACAGCAUCCUAAACUCUAUUCAUUGUUCUUUUAGGAGGCCCAACGGAAAAGCUUCGAACUAUGGUAUUAACACACUGGGAGCCCCAAGUAUGAGCCAGCUUCGAGCCACAAAGCCCGGACUCCUCGUGUGCAUGGCCAUCUGCACCUCCAUUUUUCUUUAUUUAAGGACUCCCACUCCAGAGGAGCCCGAGGAGGAGCCCGCUUACCCUGCAGUGGUUGACUGCGGCUUUUACCCAGAUGAACUGUGUUCAGCUUUAUUUGAAGGGAAAGGGGCUGCCUCCCAAGUUGCACAAUUCUGUAAAAACCCUCACCGAUCUGAAAUCCUUGCUCAUUUCUAUGCGCCAGGAAAUUGCUCCAGGACUUCCCAGGGACUGCGUUUCAUAACCAGACCCCUGUCCGCAGAGGAGGGCAACUUCUCUUUGGCAUAUAUUGUAAUGAUUCAGGAGGAGCUGGCUACAUUUGUGCAGCUCCUCAGAGCUAUUUACGCACCCCAGAACGUCUACUGUGUUCACGUUGAUGAGAAGGCCCCGAAGAAGUUUAAGACUGCAGUGCACACCCUGGUCAACUGUUUUGAAAAUGUUUUCAUUUCAUCAGAGAAUGAGAAGGCAGCUUCUGCUGGCUUUCCGAGGCUACAGGCCGAAAUCAACUGUAUGAAAGAUCUCGUCCAUGCCAAGCUGCAGUGGAGCUAUGUCAUCAACCUUCGUGGACAGGACUUUCCAAUCAAGACCAACAAGGAAAUCAUACGGCACAUCAGGAGCAAAUGGACCGACAAGAACAUCGCUCCGGGAGUAAUCCAGACCCCAAACGCUAAAGCCCAGACCAGUCAAAGCCACCCUGAACUCAGCCCUGAAGGGCAUAUCCGUGUGUCUCCACACAGAAGAUUCAAAGAUGAACCACUCCAUAAUGUAACAAUUUAUUCUGGAAGUGCUCACUACAUACUUACGAGGAAGUUUGUGGAGUUCCUACUGACUGAUGUCCGCGCAAAAGCCAUGCUGCAGUGGGCCAAAGGCAUGCGGAGCCCCGAGCAACACUACUGGGUGACCCUGAGCCGCCUCAGAGAUGCUCCAGGCGCCUCACCGAAUGCUGGCUGGGAGGGAAAUCUUCGAGCCAUUAAAUGGAGACACGAGGAGGGGAAAGUUCAUGACGGCUGUAAAGGCCACUAUGUCCAAGAUGCCUGUGUGUUCGGACCAGGAGACCUGCCCUGGAUCAUCCAGUCACCUUCGUUGUUUGCCAGCAAAUUUGAGCCCUCCGCAGAGCCCCUGGUGGUCCUGUGCUUAGAGAGGUGGCACAGACUUAGAGUCCUGGGGCAGGCAGAAGUUCCCACAGAACCCCACUGGCACUUCCGACAGCAAAGCCAUUUUAACAUGAGCUGAACUGCUAGGGAGUGCUCACGUUCCUCACCAUGCCCUCUGCUUCCCUGACCUGAAACACGGGCACAGGCAAUCAGACAGGAAGAAAAAUGACUCCUUGGUACACAUUAGCCCUAAAAUGAGCUGAGAAACAAGCCACCGACAAACCAUUAUUAUCAAUUAUAUGCCCUUAUUACAGCUUUGGGGGAAAAAAUGGAGAAAAAACUCAAGGUACCAGGAAGACCAACUGCUUAGGUACAAACGUGCUGUAGACCCACCUUUCCAAGCACUGAGAGCCCAGUUCCCGCAGGAGUAAGAAUACCGCACGCUACAACAACGUUUUGAAGGCCUGGCUACUUCAGCAUAGGAGAUGCCAAUAAAAGACUAACCCCCUGGGCUGCCCCCGUAGUGCAGGAGUUGAGUCCUAUGCAGAGGGAGCUGGAUCUCAUAGUUGACUGUGUCCAAAUCCUGGUUCUAGAGGCUUGAAACACACAUUAGGUGUGUGGGUGUGUGCCCCCGAAUUCUGAUGAGAUGAAUGCUCCACCUGGGGCUGCUCUCUG